AUACUAAAACUCCCAUUUACGAUUCAAUAUCUCUUUUCAAAAGUUGAAAUCUAAAACAUUCCCAAACAAAAGCUAUCUGUUAGCUAUAUAUGAUAUUCUUUCUCAAGUAUAAUUGUAUAGAAAUCAAUGACACUUUAAAGCUUGCAAUUAUGCAAAUAUAACUACAAUGAGGAAUACUUAGUACGAGCUUCAAAAUAUUACCAGCAAUCUAUAGGUUGAUUGAUUUUUAACUGAAUGAACAUGUUUAUAGUAGUCUAUAAAGUUAUCUAAGGUGUUAAUCAAGCCACAGAUGAAUUAUCAGUGUGCGAAAACUCCAAACACAAACAGAACUUGAACAUGGUAUGAUGGUAGAACAUAUUGUAGUCUUGGUUUAAGUACUUAAUAAAUGGAAAGAAUAAAUAUUUAUGAAAGGAAUAGCAAUGCAAGAGGAGAUAUAAAAAGAUCAGAAGAAUUAGUUUGCUUAUUUGGUAAAACCAAUAGCUAUAAAGACUAACAUGUUAGUUAAAGUAUAGGUUCUUUAGCUUAUGGACAAGUGACUUUCCAGCAGGUUGGGUUGAUUUUCAUAGCUGCACUUCACACAGUUGCCACCUUAUCUACGUUGGCAAUAAGACAAAUGGAUCAAUGUCAUACAAUUACAAGUAACUCAAACUAUGUUUGAAAUGGAAACCAUUUGGACCUAAAGUUUGGACUUUUGGAUAAAAACAGAAAUGACAAAGGGUACAGAAAAGCCCGGGUCAGGGAAGUCGAAGGGCAGUGGUUCCCGUGAAAACAGCCCUAACAAGGGGGGAAAGAAAUCAAGCCCCAGCCCCAGCAGGAAGUCCAAGUCACCGCACAGGAAGGGAACACCCGGUGAACUCAAGUCUGCAAUGCGGAAAGGCAGCGGUAAGGACAAGGGGAAAAAGAAGACGGUUGUCAAAUCACCAGAUCUGACCGCUGACGGGCUUAAGAUUAUAGACAUGUCAGGCCAAGGAAUGACUGUCCUUCCACUAUCAGUUGUAGGAGCAAAGGACACGGGGGAGUUAAUCCUGGCCUCCAACAACCUGAGGUCACUGCCCCCAGAGAUUCGUAGACUGACCACACUGACUAAGCUGGACAUCAGCAGGAAUGGCAUCCGAAGUACCAACCCCAAUGACUUUAGUGGCUUGCCAGCAGAAAUUAAGGAACUCACCAACCUCACCGAGCUGAGAAUCUCUGAGUGCAACCUGCCCUACAUACCACCAGCAAUCUGGACCAUGACACAACUCAGAAUUCUGGAUAUUAGCAGGAACAAGAUAAACAUUCUGUCACCUGAUAUAGGUGAGCUAGUUAACCUGCAGAAGUUGAACCUACAGCAGACCAACAUCACAACUCUGCCCCCGGAGAUUGCUUACUGUCAGGAACUGGAGGAGAUAUUGCUCUGGGGCAAUGUUAUAGAAUCACUGCCUGAAACACUGCCAGAAAUGUUGAAACUACGCACCUUGGCCAUCAACUAUCGCAGUUUCUGUGCCCAAGUGGACUCCUUCCAGGAGUCGGAAGAGCUUCUACGCAAAGGGAAACUCACCUCAGAACAUAUUCCUCUUGUGGUGUUUGAACUUGCAACUCUUGAAGUGCUGGACUUAGAAAACACUAAGAUCAACACUAUACCUGAACUUUCUACAUUUUCGCUUAAAGAGUUUUAUCUAUGCAAGAACUUUCUCAGUAAAGUGCCACCUAGUUUAUUUAAUCUAAAUCACCUCACAAUCCUGGACAUGUCGAACAAUCUUCUUCAGCAACUACCGGAAGAAAUUUCUAGAGUUACAAGUCUAGUUGUCCUUCGACUUGCUAAUAAUCACAUUGAGAGAAUCCCACAAAAAAUCAAAGACCUAGUUAACCUAGAAGAACUGAACAUAUCAAACAAUAGAGUACGCUACAUGCCAAAUGCUAUUGGGGGACUAAAAAUGCUAAGAACACUGUUGGCUGAAAAGAAUGAACUGAGCAGCCUGCCUGAUGAACUUUGCAACCUAGAAAAUUUGGAAACUCUUGACAUCACAGAAAACAGAAUCACUGCUCUGCCAAUGAAGAUGCAUCAACUGAAAAAACUUGCAGCUGCACAUAGCUUUCAGCGGCUUUCAAAGUAUGGUCUCUGGCUGUACAAAAAUCCCAUCCAUACGCCUCCACCAGAGAUCUGGAAAACUGAAAAGCCAGAAAAAAUAUUUGAGUAUCUUAAGAAGCUGGCCAUCAUUAAAACAGAGAAUUUGCAGAGACUAAAGCUUCUCUUCUUUGGUGAGAGCGGAAGUGGGAAAACCAGUCUGAUCAAUGGACUGGUUCAUAGAAAAUCUCUGAUGACAAAAGGAGAGAAAGACAAAACAAGAGCUCUGCAACAAACCAAGAUGAAAACUGAAAAUAACGUUGACUUUAUGCUGAAUGAUUUCGGAGGUGACAAAGCCUACACCAUGAUCUAUCCAAUGUUUGUUGACUCCAAUGCUAUGGUUGUUCUUGUAUACAAUCAUGGAACAUACAGCACUAAUACCCAUUACACAGCUCUUGGAAAGUGGUUGGAAUUUCUGAACACUUAUAUGCCGGGAGUGGUGGUCAAAAUUGUUGGCACUCAUCUUGACAGCUAUGAAGAAUACGCAGUUGAAGAUGAGAAUGGAAACCUCUCAGAAGUACCUUCAAGGUCAGGUUCAUCAAGGUCAGGUGUAUCACCAAGGAGAUCUAGAAUGUCACUUCACUCAGCCAAGUCCAGCCAGUCAGAACGGUCAAUUCAGUCAGGAAGGUCAGUCCGCACACCUGUAAGCACGACACCCCACCCUGAACAUGGUCAGAAUGAAGACUCAAGACCUGGUACCACAUCCCUCAGCAGAUGCAGCGGCAUUGUUAGCCAAUCAAAAUCUGUGCAAGAGUUAGUGAAAACCAAUGUCAUGAGACAAAUGCAGACAUACACAGAAUCUCUGAAACAUGAAUUAGAAGAUCUUGAUGAGAAACUCCAGAGCUCAUCCUUAACAAAGAAGCCUGCCCAAUACAUAAAGCACCUUCAAGUCCAGAGGAAAAAGGUAGAGAACCUGCUACUUCACCCACUACGCAUCAUGCCUGAAAUCUCCUUGGUCAGUAGCAAUGAAGGACUUUAUGGAGUGAAAAGCUUCAUCGAAAGUCUUGAACUCAUGACCAUAGACAAGAAGCUGUUUCCAAAUGCUCAAAGAUCUAUACCACCAGUAUGGAACAAGUUUAAAAUUACUUUGAAGCAAUACAACGGCUAUUCUGUACCCUGGAAGAGGGUUGAGAUGAUGGCAAAAGGUGAAGAGAUGAAACUUGAUGAGCUUCAAGAUUGUUUGCAGUACCUUUGUGAUAGUGGAGAGAUUGUGUGGUGCAGGGAGGUUCCAGUACUAGCCAAGACAGUGUUCCACAAACCUAGGAUACUGAUUCGUCUCAUUUCAUCCAUGUUCAGGCAUGACAUUGAUGAAUUUCUCAGCUUUGAAGACAACAAAGUCUUUCUCAGUAAAGGGAUGUUUAGUGAGGAUGAUUUCCAGAAAGCUAAAGAACUGUUUCUUACUAAUGGCCAAAUAUCUCGACCACUGAUGAACUGUUUCUGGUUCUUUGAAGAGCUGGACUAUGACCACUUCAAUGAUCUGCUAGAAAUGGUUCCCAAUCUUGAUAUUUGCUAUUCCAUUCCCGAGCCUGGAAUGCCAAAGGGCCUGCUGUAUAGCUACCCAAUCAUUGUCCUUCCCUGGUACAACCAGGAUAAAGCAGGGAAUGACUUGACUGAACACUGGAAUGAAGGUCUCACCAGGAUACAUGAUCACCAUACCAUAUCAGUAUCCUACAUAAUGCCUUUGGGAUUACCUGCUGGUCUGUUUGAGAAGAUUUUGUCAACACUACAAAUACAUGUGACAGCUAGACUUGACUGGAAAGAUGCUGUGCUUGGAACAACCAAAACUGAAAUCUUCAAGAUUACAAUGCGAGGUGAAACCCAGGCUUCAGAUAUGGAAACUGACUCUGGUGAUAUUCCACUGUCCAAGUAUACUGAAACAGAACUGAACCUUGCUAUUGUCACUGAGAAGAGCAAUGAAUCAGGGGCAACAAAUCUGCUGAAAGAGCUGACAAGGGAGAUCACUGAUAUUAUGUGCAGGACACCAGGCCUAGUGUGGACUAUUCAAGCGUGUGAGGAAGUCUGGAGCCUUUCUGCUCUUCAGUUUGCUCUGAAGUCAGUACAGUUCAGCAAAUAAGGUCUUUACAAAUCUGACAUACAGUAGUUGCCAAAUGAACUAUACAGUGUUAUAUGGUGUGGUUACUUUUGCUGUGGCCAAAUGCAUAAAGCUUUAUGUUUGUUAUUGCAGAGUGGCUUUUAGUGCUGUCGAUAUGUUCCUUUAAACAGUUGUUGCAAAACUAGCUGUGAUUAUUGCAUUAUUUGUUCAAUGUUGUUCAUUCAAAUGUCAUUCAUACAAAGAUUGUUUUUUAACUAUAUAUUUACACUGAUUAUACAUUAACAUAAUUUUAUAAUAUCCUAUUUAUUUGAAGAAUAUUUAUUUCUAUAAAAUGUUCAUAUAUGCAUGUUUGCAAAGACUGUGAUAUUAAAAUGUGUA